UGGUCCGUCUGGUCUCAUUUCUGUUCUGUCCAUCCUGGUGUGAGCUUCUGUGACAUUAUCCGAAAGAUAAGCGUAGAGUUUCAAGAAGGUAAAACGCAGACAAAAUGUCAGUCAGUGAAGAAACCCUCCAGUUGAUUAAAGAAGCCGUCAAAAAUGGUGGCAAUCCCUCUGGUAGGCUGAUCCGGUCAAAAUUGACUAAUCAACUGUUGUGGCAAAAUAGCGAGUGCGAUAAGAAUGAUCCUGUUACGGACUAUCUGGCUACGAUUGAUGCUGAAACCCAACGGGAACCUAUUCUGGCUCGCAACGGAAGUAAAGUUUUCGGUGAAAUCCUUUCAAACUGUCGACUGAUGAAUGAUGAUAAAACGCAGGUGGAAAGAGCGACACAUAAAAACCGAGUGAUGCACGACAAGGAGAACUGGCAGGAUCAGUGGCAAAUACUCAAAAGUGCUGGCAAAUAUUGCAGUUUCUGUAAAAGCAACCAAGAAGGAAGAGAAGUCUACUUAUCUCACAACUUGAAGGAUCCAAACGGCGAAUUAGCAUGUCCUAUUCUAAAAGAGUGCAUCUGCAAUUGUUGCGGCGGACGUGGACAUACUGUUGCCUAUUGCCCUGCAAAUAAAACUGGGACCAGCAUCCUGAAGAUGAUAAAUCGCCAGAAUCGGAUCUACUAAGCUUCUGUCUACUACACCUUCAGCUGAAGGAUUUAACAAACUUUUUCGAUUGCCUUCGGGCUCGUUUACUAUACAUAUAUUUAUUUAUUUAUUGCUCAA